CUGUUUAAGGCCACAUUAAUCCCAGUAGAAAAGGCCCUUAAGGGUGCCAACAUCCACAAGGAGGCUGUCGAUGACAUAGUUAUCGUGGGAGGCUCAACGCGAAUACCCAAAAUUCAGAAGCUACUGCAAGACUUUUUCAACGGAAAAAUAUUGAACAAAUCUAUCAACCCUGAUGAGGCAGUAGCCUAUGGCGCUGCUGUACAAGCGGCUAUUUUGAAAGGUGAUGCGUCAGAACGCAUAAAGGAUCUCCUCUUACUUGAUGUUACCUCACUUACUCUAGGAAUCGAGACGGCUGGUGGCAUCAUGAACCCACUAAUAAGUCAGAAUACCACGAUUCCGUGCAAACAGACCAAGUUGUUCACGACUUAUGUGGACAAUCAAACUAGUGUGUUGAUCCAAGUAUACGAAGGUGUGAGCAGUACGACGAAAGGAAAUAAUCUACUUGGUAAGUUCGAACUUACAGGAAUUCCCUUAGCUCCCAGAGGUAUGCCCCAAAUAGAGGUGACAUUCGAUGUUGACACAAGUGGAAUACUGUCUGUUUCAGCCUGCGAGAAGAAUAGUAGACGAUCAAAUAGGAUCACUAUAAAUAACGACAAGGGAGGUCUGUCCAGGCGGGAAAUUAAACAUCUCGUCGAUGAGGCGGAGAACUUUAAAUUGCAGGACUCCAAACAUAGCGCCUUGGUAAUAGCAAUAAACAACUUCGAGAACUAUGCAUUCACAUUGCGCGAAGUGAUGGAAGCUGAUGAAACUCGAAAUAGGCUAUCAUGGAAUGACCGACGCAAGAUAAUCUCGGCAUGCAAUGAGAGUAUCGCUUGGCUUGAGGCCAACCGCGCUGAUGGAGAAGAAUCAGAUUUUGAGGAAAAACAGGCCGAAUUAAUUCAGCUAAUCGACUCGAUACUUGGAUUCCAGUCCUAUCUAUUGGUACAACCCAGUGCAGUAGAAACAUGGAGCGAAUUAUGGGGUAGUGAUGGCGGUCAGGAUCGACGGACGGAUAAUGUGCAGAUGCAUUACAACCGAUUUCUUCCCUCAGAUUACCAGACCUAUGUGAGGCCGUCAAGCCGA